AAUCAUCCACCAUGGCCUUGAAUCCUGAGGAUCUGGGUAGUGGGUUCCGGCAUAGCAAGGUGUCGAUGUACAUCAAUGAACAAAUGGCCAAACAUGACAAAGGCCCUGAUUUCUACCUUGAAAACCUGUCUCUGUCCUGGGAGGAGGUGGAAGACAAGCUCAAAGUCAUCCUGGAGGAUAGUGAGGUGCCCAGCGACGCUCGGGAAGCCUGUGCCUGGGGCACCCUGGCCUUGGGUGUUCGCUUUGCUCACAGGCAAGGCUGCUUACAAGGGCACGGGGUGCAGUGGCUACAAGACUUGUCUAGCAUGCAUAAAGUGGCUACAAUCUCCUUGUCAUCAGACCUGAAGCCGGUCACCCACCAACAAGAUAUGGAGCGAAGGGAGGUAAAUCUCCAGCUUCAGCUGGUUAAGGCUAAACUGGAAGAGGUGCAGAGAGAGCGAGACCUACUGAGAUUGAAGAUCCUUCAGGCAGAGCUGAAGGCUCUCCCAACUGCUGUAAGACCGGCUGUGACCAUUCCUUCUGCUCUUGUCAGAAGAGGAGGGACAGGGACACAAUGGUCAGCUGCAAAGGAAGACUUGGCAGAGUUGAUGGCUGCUGCUACAGGAAGAAGAGAAGAUGGAGCAGAUAUGGCAGGGACAAUAACUGGUGCUGAAGAGGCCUCAGAGGAGCCCAAUGGAAGUUUCAUGCACCUUCUUGGAGUAAUGAAGUGGAAAAAUUAUCCCUUGAAAAGGCAGAGAGCAGGAGACCUCAGACCCAAGGAAUCGUCUAUGUUCCCUCUCUCGCAGUCCCUGAAUCUGAGAUCCAUACCCUCCUCUGAACCCAUUACUGUCCAACUCCCUGCUUCAUUCACAUACUCAUAUGAAAGCCCCUUCCCAGCCAUACCCACCACAUCCCAACUACCAUCCACAGACAGAACCCCUGAGAUACAUCCCUACCCUGUGGCCUCUGACAUGAGCCAACUGUCUGAUCUGGGAAUCCACAGAGGAGAUCAUCAAGAACUGCAGAAAGACAAGAGAUCUUCAGCAUUCCGCAGGCCCGGGGACUGGGAUUGCCCUUGGUGUAAAGCUGUGAAUUUUUCAAGGAGGGAAAACUGUUUCCACUGUGGAAAGGGAAUCUGGCUGCAAAACCCUUAG